CUUCUGCUAAACCUAAAAACGCAAAACAAAAAUGUGCCUGUUUAAAAAUCAUUAGGAUUUUGAACCAAGCACAGAAGCUUCUAUGCACUUUCAUUUACAGGACUGUGGAAACAGGGAGUAGGGUUUCCUUUCAACCUGUUCCUGUUCCCUAACAAUCACAUUGCUCUUGAAUUAAAUAGAUGGGAUCUGAAAUGAAUCUAAUAGGACAUUCCCAGCUAUCUGCUCCUGAUGGGUUUUCACUUUCUGAAGGUCCUCAUUUAUUUGGUGUUCUGACAGAGCCAAUGAGUUCUCCAGUGCAAGAGGCAGAUAUGUCAUCUUACACACAGUACAGCACUAUGUCAUUCCCUCCAGUUCAACCUCAGAUUUCAUCGCCACCUUAUUACUCCAACCUAGGCUUCUAUCCCCAACAGCCUGAAGAAUGGUAUUCCCCUGGAAUGUAUGAACUCAGGAGAAUGCCCUCUGAGAACUUUUUCACAAGAGAGACAGAGCUUGUAGAGAUACCUGCGGCCAAGAAGUCUAGACUUGGUACCUCCACAGGAAGAGUGAAAGGAGAAGAGCUCUGUGUUGUCUGUGGUGACAAAGCUUCUGGCUACCACUAUAAUGCUCUUACUUGUGAGGGAUGCAAAGGGUUCUUUAGAAGAAGCAUCACUAAAAAUGCUGUAUACAAGUGUAAAAAUGGAGGCAACUGUGAGAUGGACAUGUACAUGAGAAGAAAAUGCCAGGAGUGUCGGCUGCGAAAAUGCAAACAAAUGGGGAUGUUGUCUGAAUGUAUGUAUACAGGUUUGUUAACAGAAAUACAAUGCAAAUCAAAACGUCUAAGAAAAAAUGUGAAACACCACCCUGAUCAGACAGCUGCUGAAGAGAAUGAAGGGCCUGACCUGAAGCAAGUGACAUCAACAACUAAACCAUAUAGAGAGAAAGUAGAACUUACCACAGAACAGCAGAACCUUCUUCAUUACAUCAUGGAUUCAUAUAGUAAACAACGAUUUCCACAGGAGGUAUCAAAAAAACUUUUACAUGAGGAAUUUGGUGCCGAAGAAAAUUUUCUCAUCUUAACAGAGAUGGCUACCAGUCAUGUUCAGGUUCUUGUGGAGUUUACCAAAAAGUUACCAGGCUUUCAAACUCUUGAUCAUGAAGACCAAAUUGCUUUGCUGAAGGGUUCAGCAGUAGAGGCCAUGUUCCUUCGUUCAGCUGAGAUCUUCAGUCGUAAACUUCCUACAGGACAUGCUGACCUCUUAGAAGAAAGGAUUCGCAACAGUGGUAUCUCUGAUGAAUACAUAACCCCCAUGUUUAAUUUUUAUAAAAGUGUCGGAGAGCUGAAGAUGACACAAGAGGAGUAUGCUCUACUCACAGCAAUAGUUAUUCUGUCACCAGAUCGACAAUAUAUAAAGGAGAGAGAGUCUGUGGAAAGGCUUCAAGAACCACUGCUUGAUGUUCUACAGAAACUUUGCAAACUUCACCAUCCAGAUAACCCUCAACAUUUUGCGUGUCUUUUGGGUCGCCUUACAGAACUACGGACAUUUAACCAUCAUCAUGCCGAGAUGCUGAUGUCAUGGAGAGUGAAUGAUCAUAAAUUCACACCCCUUCUCUGUGAAAUUUGGGAUGUUCAGUGAUGAAUGUUUUCAUUUUGGGAUUAACAACUUUUUAAAGGACCAAACUGUAUUCAUUUUCACUGCAAUAUUCAUUAGUUAUUUCUUUAAAAUUUCUUUAUUGAAGUUUUUACAGAAACACACCAAAGAAAUUUUGUUCAUUAUGUACUGAAUAUUAUGUAACUAUCAGUCUUUCAUAUGUUAAUAUAAAGUAUAUUUUCCUGUAUUUAUAUACAGAUCGGAAAGAAUGUUUCAGCAUCACUUAGGUGUCAUAUUAACUCCUUCUGAAAUUAAACUGAUUGUAUUUUUAACUCCUUUUUUAAAGUGGGACAAUGCAGGUUUUAUAUUUGUUCUUUGCAAUGCUCUUAUACUUCCCCUUUUGUUAAAGGAUAUUUUUCAAAUAUUAACUAUA